AUGAGCUCCCAGGGCCAGCCUGGUGGCCAGGUCCACCCCAGCUGCCAUGACAACCAGGGCGAGAUCAAGAACAACAACAAGCAGGCGCUGUGCGUGCCCGAGGUCGACGCCGACAAUAACGCCAACGAGAUCCAGGACCUGGGCGGGACGGGGGAUGCGGGAGCCCCGCCCCCGUUGGUGUCCCAGAGUGAGGAGCAGGACAAGGUGAUAAUCUGGGGGACGGACUCCCAGUGCGACGACCCGGAGCUGGAGGAGUUUGAGAUGCUGGAGUGCCAGGAGCUGGAGGCCUACCUGGUGGAGGAGGAGGAGGAGGAGGAGGAGGAGGAGGACUAUAGGAGAGGGUCAGGGUCAAGGACGGGAGAUGGACGAUUCCUGGAUGAGCGGGAACCGCCUUAUAGCUCUGCCCCAACUCUGGCAACAUCGACCGAGAAGAACAAGAGCUAUGAGGAGGUGGGGAGGGAAGUGAGACAAGGAGGGCAGGACCCAGAGUCCACCGUCUCGCUGUCGGUGGAGAGUCGGGAGAGGGCCCGACUGACCAAGGCUGAAUACAGCUCGGAGAACGACGUCUUCGUCUCCUGCCUCUCCACCUUGUCCAGCCUGGGUGGGAGCCUUGCUAGUGCUCUCGACAGCACCGGCCGAGCCAAAACAGCCGAUAACAUCCACCUCGCCCCGUCCGCCCCAUCCCGGACCAUCUCUGAGGACCUUACCCUGGCCUCCCAGUCCAUCCCCACCAUUUCUGUGAGGUGCGGCAUUGUCCAGGAGAUGGAAGGCACCCUAGGUAAUUCUGGAAGAAGCGCCUCUCAGUCCACCAGCAUUGAUGUGAAUCUGAACUCAGCUGUGUUACCGGGGGAACUGGGAGGCCUGGAAGCACAGUCAGAGCAGGUGGAGGUGAGAGUGAGAAGAAGCCCAUCGCUGGACGGGAUGGGAUCACUCACUAACGGAGCAGGGAAAUGCCAGAACCAUGUGACCGAGCAGAGUGACCACAAAGGAUACCCUCAGACAAGUGUGGGAGACCACAAGGUCUACAAACAGGGGGAGGAAACGCAGGAAGACCUGGGAGACAAGCCCCAACCCCGCCCAGAGGAAACUGCAAGGCCAGCGGUGUCCUCGGAGGGUGGUAGGUCAAACCUGGAGACUCGGGGCUCGAGAGCUUCCCCGACUCCAGGAACGGGUUCAAGGAAGUCUGGCCCCAAGACCAGUGGGAGGCCCUCACAGGGCAUGGAGAUGGCCGACGUGAACAGUAACCCUGCAAAGGCGGACCCCAGGGGAGGUCCCGGGGAGCCCAGGCCCCUGAGGAAACAGGGCUCCUUUGAGAUCACCCGCAGCUCCAGCCCUUCCAGUCUGGAGCGGAAGAACCAGCUGUGCAGGAAGCCCUGGGGCAGUCCCACGCGCUCGGUCACUCCGCCAUCCCCGAAACCUGGGGGGUCGCCAAGGAGGAGACUCCCUUCGUCCCCCGCUAAGACCGCUAGAGCCCCCCAUCCAGAGUGCCCUGACGCUCCUCAAGGGGGCAGCGGUGCCUCCAAACCCCCUGGGAAGGGGUGUCCCAGUAGCGGCAUCCCAAAACCCAUCCUCCAGCACCCCCCAAAACCCACGGACAAAAUUGAGCCUGACAACAGGAGCACGCGAUCGCCCCCGCCUCACUACCCACCCAAGCCCAAAAACGUGCGCCCCAAAAUCAUCACCUACAUACGCAAAAGCCCUCAGGUGAAGCCCCACGUCCCCGACGCCCCUUACGAAGUCUCCACCCUCCCCUCCAGACUCUCGCCCUACCCCGGCAAGGACCCCAAAUCUGCGGGGCACCAUCCGAAAGCCGCUCCCCCUGUGCUCAGCGCAGCUAACCUGCUCUACGAUAAGUACCGGCAGGAGAUGCAGAAGGCUUGCUACUACGGCCCAGCCCUGGUGGUGUCCGGAAUCAGAGCCCCCGGCCAAACCGUACCCCAUGCUCACAGUCUGAGUGGGAAGUCUGAGGGCUUUUAUGGGGACCUCGCCGACAAGUACCUGCAGGAGAUGGGUAGAGGAGGUGCAGUACCUGUACGGGACGACCCCAUGGUGCCCCCGCUUGCCCCCCACGAGGUCGCGGGAGUGUUCCGCUCCCCCCGGGCUCUGAGACCCCAGCUUGGGCUGGGUGCGGUCACCAGGCUGCCCUCGUCCAAAAACAGGAUGAUCCUAACAGGUCAAAGGUCAGCCAUGACCUUCAGCCACCCAGCUCCCCAGUGCUACCAGGACCCCACAGACCAGGGCAGGACAGGCUCAGAGACGGGCCCUCGGUCGCUCCUUCCCAAACCGGCUCAGUCUGGGCUCCGCCCCUCCGGGUACUCCCGGCUCCCCGCCGCUCGAUUGGCCGCUUUUGGGUUUGUCCGCAGUGCGAGCGUCUCAUCCGUGUCCAGCAACCAAUCCAGCGACAGCACCCACAGUGACCCCUGCAGGCCUGCACAGCGUCCGAGCAGUGGCAGUGAGGAUGUCCCCCUCCAAAAGGCCCCUGCCCCACCAAAUGAAGGGCUCCGGGGCCCCAGCACCCCGGCCCCCUCCCGCCGCUCCCUGCUGCCCCCUCCCAGAGGGUCCCCUGUCGCCGCGAGGAAGGAGAUCCAGAGAGACGCUGAACCUCCUCGGCCUGCAUCCUCCUCCCCGAAGAGGUUCGCCAUGGUCUCCCCCAAACCGCAGUCCCCUGUGCACACGCGGCAGAAGCCGGCGGCCGCAGGAGUGGUGGUACGGGGCGGGGCAGGGGGGUCCCCCCGGCGGGAUGGGGGGUCGGAUUCGGAGCGGCUCCAGGUGCAGAGGCUGAGGGAGAGGUGUGAGGACCAGGCCAGGCAGCUCCAGAGCCUGCAGGCCGAGCUGAGGAAAGCCACCCUGGGCCUGGAGGUCUUCGCCAUCACCACCCAGCACUUCUGCUACAAGAGUGAAGCUGCAGUGGUGAAGGAGAGAGAGCUGUCUUUGGAGCUGGCCACACUCAGGGAUGAAGUGGCCGUCAGCGUGUCGCUCUGGCAGCGUGUGCAGCAGGAUAAGGACGCUCUGGAGCGGCGCUUCGAGCAGGAGGUGUGCAGGCUGCAGGAGCGGCAGGAGGAGGAGCUGGGAGAUCUGCAGGAGCGCCUGAGCGCCCAACACCUCGCCAAGAGAGAGCAGCUGGUCGUCCAGCAACGCGCCGAGAUGGAGACGCUGCGCACCCAGCAGCACGAGCAGAUGGAGGAGAUGAACCAAAAGCAUGACACAGCCAUGGUGGAGAUGGAGACCAACCACAGUGUCACCAUAGCAACGCUGCAGGAGGACCAUGCCAAGACCGUGAGAGACCUGAUCGCGGCCCAAGAGCAGCAGAGGAAGGUGCUGGAGGAGGAUUUUCAGAAGCUCAGGCUCUCUCUGCAGGACCAGGUGGACACACUGACGUUUCAGAACCGCAGCCUGAGAGACCGAGCCAAGCGCUUUGAGGAAGCCCUGCGGAGGAGCACCGAUGAGCAGAUAGUGGACGCUCUGGCUCCCUAUCAGCACGUUGAGGAGGAUCUGAAGAGCCUGAAGGAGGUUGUGGAGAUGAAGAACCAGCAGAUCCACGAGCAGGAGCUCAAGAUCGAAGAGCUGGAGAAAAUGGCUCAGAAGAACGUGGUGCUGGAGGAGCGGGUUCAGAUCUUACAGCAGCAGAACGAGGACCUCAAAGCCAGGAUAGACCGCAACCUCGCCAUGUCCAGGCAGCUUUCGGAAGAGAACGCCAACCUGCAGGAGUACGUGGAGAAGGAGAGCAACGAGAAGAAGCGCCUGAGCCGCAACAACGAGGAGCUGCUGUGGAGGCUGCAGACGGGGGAUCUGAGCCCCCGAAUGUCCCCCUCCGCCUCCCCCAUCCACCGGGCCUCGCCCGGGCCAGCAUCCCCAUCCCGGCUGCAGCCUUUCCCCAGAUGA